UUCUUUGUUUGUAUAAAAAAGAACAUGGCGACGAAUUAGUUUUGGUUAAUUGUUAUUUGAGAGCAUUUAAAAAUGCCUCCUACAAUACAUUCUCAGGAAAAACGCCGUCCCGAUGAAGGAAGAAGGUCUGGGUCACAAUCCAGACCAGACUUUGUAUGCAGAGUGAAGUAUAAUAAUCAUUUGCCUGAUAUACCCUUUGAUGCCAAGUUUAUUGCAUAUCCAUUUGAAGCCAACAGGUUUGUGCAAUAUAAGCCAACAUCUUUGGAGAAAAAUUACAAGCAUGAGUUGUUAACAGAGGUUGAUCUUGGUGUGAAUAUUGAUCUCAUUGAUCCUGAUACGUACACCAUAAACCCCGAAGCAACUCUUCAUCCAAUUGAUGAAAAAUUGUUAGAAGAAGAUCCAAUUGGCUUAACCGAUCAGAAGCGGUCUCGACAACACAACAAAACAGUAUCAUGGCUUCGAAAAACAGAGUACAUUUCUACUGAAUAUAAUCGUUUUCAAACGAGCAAUGACCAAAUGGAAACAAAAGUUGGCUACAGCAUGAAGAAGAAGUUUCAGGGAACAGAUUUGUACAAGGAUCGUGAAAGUCAAGUUGAAGCUAUUUCUGGAACAUUUGAGUCUGCAAAGAGACCGAUCUAUCGUCAUCCAAGCAAAAGAAAUAUCAAACCUCUCGAUGUCUUGCCCGUUUUUCCAGACUUUCAGAUGUGGUCUCAGCCAUGUGCCCACGUUAUCUUUGAUACAGAUCCUGCUCCACGGGGUCAUGAGCCAGCAAAAGCCGAGGACAUGUGUCAGGCUAUGAUUCGUGGUAUGGUGGAUGUUCAAGGUGACCAGUUCGUUGCAUAUUUCUUACCUGAAAAAGAGACCUUACGAAAGCGGAAACGUGACCAGGAUGAAGAACGAGAGUAUACGGAGGAAGAUGUAUAUCAUUAUAAAAUGGCGAGGGAAUAUAACUGGAACGUUAAGAAUAAAGCAUCUAAAGGAUACGAGGAGAAUUACGUUUUUGUAUUUCGUGAUGAUGGCGUGUUUUAUGAUGAGCUAGUGACAAGGGUUCGUCUCAGUAAACGAAGAACUAGGGGUGGAGCUGGAGGCGUAAAGUCGACUGUGUCUAAAUUAUUCGUGAAACAUAGAGAAUUGACUGAGCAAGAACAACAAACGCAAAAUUCGCGUCUAAUGCAACUUGAAAAUGUCACUGCGGAGAACGAGGAAGAUGAUGAUGAAGGUGGAGUAGAAGAAGAAGAACAAUCUGGUGAUGAACACGGUGCCGAUAACGUCGAACAAGAUGACGAUGACGAUGAUAAUGACGACGAUGAGGAACAAGAAAAUAAUGAAAAGAAAGAAGAAUCUAGUAAAGGAGAGGAUUCUGGUGAUGAUAGCGGUGAAGGCAUAUUUGGUGAUGAUUCCGAUUGAACAUUUUGAAAUAUGAUAAAAUCUUUUCUGUUGUCGCAUCUUUAUUUAAACUUAGCUCAUUCUUUGACAAUUGCUUCUGCGGUGAUUUAGUGGUAUUACUUUCUGUAUAAUAUUUUUUUAACAGCAGUUUAUGUAAAUAUCGUAGUUUCUAAGUUCUAGGAAUUUAUAAGCGAGCAAAGGAUUUUGAAUAAAAAAAAACUGUGAAAAGAGAGGGAA